AUGAAACCAUUGGGAAAUAAUGGAAAGAGUUCCAUUAAAACAAAUUCAAUUGAAGAUAAUAAUAAUAAAAAUGUCAAUGAAACUAAGUCAUUGAAAAAUCAUGAUAGAAAUGCCAAUCAAAUGGAGCCAAUGGAGGAUAAUGUUGGAAAAACUGAUGAAAAGGAUGUUAAUAAAAUGAAACCAUUAGAAAAUAAUGGAAAGAGUCCCAUUAAAACAAAUUCAAUGGAAGAUAAUAAUAAAAAUGUCAAUGAAACGAAGUCAUUGAAAGAUACUAAUAAAAAUGCUAAUCAAACGAAGUCCAUUAAAAAUGAUGAUAAGAAUACCAAUAAAACGAAGUCAAUGACGAAUUCGUACGGGCAAGUGCCAACAAAAGAAACUUAUUUUUAUGAAUUUGAUGUGUUUCUCAUAGAUACAAGAGUUGCAGUAAAUAAUAGCCGUCGAUGGGAUGAAGGUAUUAUUCCUUUCGUAAUCGAGAAUGGUUUUAGUUGGGAUAUAAACAGAGCCAUUGCCGUAGCGAUGAGGUUCUGGAAGUCCCGAACUUGUAUUAAAUUUGUUGCUCGAGACGAAACCCAACAUUCAAAUUAUUUGACUUUCAUAAAAUCAGACAGAUGCGAGAGUCAAUUGGGGAGACAUCAAAAAGGAGCAAAUAUCGUGUUUAUAAGCGAUGAUUGUCACCCUAUUAGCAUUGGCCGUGAAAUGGGUCACGCUAUAGGUCUCGUUUUUUCAGGCGAAUCUGGAUAUUUAGAUUUCAUAGAUGAUCCACAUUGGGGUGUGCACUUCGAGUGUCCUCGUAAUAAUAAAUUAAAACCUAUUCCAGAAUGUGGAGAUACAUUUAUUGGUCCUACUGGAUUAAUCAUGGUACCUGAUCAGUUGUUUGAAAGUUCUUUCACCAAAUGUGAAUGGAGAAUAUAUGGAAGCCGCAGUGAUAAGAUUGUUUUGGAAAUUGAGGGGCUGGAUGUUUACGAGAGUUCAAAAUGUUUGGUGGAUUACCUUAAAGUUAUAUAUGCCCAAUAA